AAUCCAAAAAUUGGGGAUUUUUUUUUUUUUUUUAAUCGGAAAGAACCAGGAUUCCUUCUUGGUGAUUAGUCUCUGUGAGAUGCUUUGUGCCAGCCAGAGGGAUCUGCCUUGGCUGGGGUGAGCGAAAUGCUACAGGAUGCAGCCUCCUGCAUUGGGGAUGGUGGUUUGGGGUCGGGCUCAUACUGCUAGGGGUGGUCCAGAGCAGCUCGGUGAUGCCAGGAAGAGGUACAAACGGUGCUUCAGAGCAUGAUGUUGCUCUCGUCUUUGCAGCCAUCGGUUAACUUAUGUUGGCUGCGUGUGUGCGCGCGCAUGCACACACAUGUAUGUAUUUGUUCUGUGGGAGUGAGGCAUACAUGACUGGAAAAAAAGGUGCAUGGAAAAAAUGAAGUGUUUAAUUUUGAACAUUUGGCACUUGCAGAUGCUAAUUAGAAAUGAGUGAAAGUGGGAGCUCAGAUGUGAAAAAUAUAGGUGCUGUGGAAGAUGGGAGAGAGAAGCUUCAGGAGUUCACUGAGAAUUUUAAUCAACUUGAAUUGCUGGAAACGCAUAGGCAUCUAAUUCCCAUAGGAACUCAGAGCUUCUGGUCAGGGCAGUCUGAGGAUGAGGAAGAUGAGCAAGAGAAAAGCGAGGAGUGGUACCAAAUGCAAGAAAAGCAACUGGAAAAGAAUCCAGAUAGGCUGCUGCUCUGGGCAGCUGAAAACAAUCGGCUUAGUACAGUACAAAAGCUCCUUUCACAAAAUCUAGCUCCAGUAAAUGUUCAAGAUGAAGAUCAGUACACACCUCUGCAUCGUGCUUCCUACAGCGGACACUUGGACAUUGUGCUUAGUUCAUCCAAAAGUGAAUUGAUUGGCCAAGGUGCAGAUAUCCAUGCACUGACUGUGGAUGGCUGGACACCCCUGCAUAGUGCAUGUAAGUGGAACAAUACAAAAGUAGCUUCGUUCUUGCUUCAGCAUGGUGCAGAUAUCAAUGCUCAGACGAAUGGUUUGCUGACGCCAUUGCAUCUUGCUGCAGGAAACAAAAAUAGUAAAGAAACCCUGCAGCUUUUGCUGAUGAAUCGCUACGUGAAACCAAACUUGAAAAAUAACUUGGAUGAAACUGCCUUUGAUAUUGCUAGGAGGACUGAUGUCUACUAUUACCUUUUUGAAAUAGUAGAGGACUGCAUAAAUUCUGCACCAGACUCCUAAA